AGAAAAAAAUGCCGGUAAGUCAAAACAGGCCAGAAAAAUUAGUUAACAGAUAAAAAUAUUUGAACAACAAAUUAGCAAGCUUGAUCUAACAGAUUUCUAAAGAACCGUGCAUUAAAAAAUAGAGACUAUACAUUCUUUCCAAGUAGGCAUGGUAUAUUUUAAAACAUUCUGAUUUACUAGGUCACAGAGGAACUCUAUAAAUUUCAAAGAUGUGAAAUUAUACGUCACACAGAUUCUUGGGUCACAAUGCAAUUAAAUUAGAAAUGAACAAUUAAAACAGAAAAGAAGGUAAAGACUUUUGGUAAAUUUGAAAAUGAACUAAAUAACUCAGUUAAAUAAUAAUAAUGGAAAUUAUGAAAUAACUAGAAGUUAAUUGACAAUGAAAGUAUGUAUAUAGGAGCCAGGCGCUGUGGUGCAUGUCUACAGUCAGUCCCAGUUAUUUGGAAGGCUGAGGUGGAAGGAUUGCUUGAUCCUAGGAGUUCAAGACCAGCUUGGGCAACAUAGCGACACUCUGUCUCUAAAGAGGCAGAAAGAAAGAAAUAACUGCAUUUAAAAACCCAUGAGAUGCAGCUAAAGUAGUAUUUUGAGGUAAAUUUAAAGUCUUAAAGAUUUAGAAAACAUGAAAGAUUUAUAAUAAUAAAAUUAAGCCCAUCUUCACCAUGUCUCUUCUGUCUACCUCUAAGGCUUCAAUCGACUUUGUUCCCAUUAUUUACCCUCACUGCUCUAGAACCAAUGGUCUUGGAAUGCUCUUCCUUCAUUAUAGUCUCAUUUCUAUUCAGUAAUUCAAUUUAGUGCUAAUUCUCCCCCAUUUCAUGCACUAAUCUCAUGAGCUGAGUAUCUUCUUCCAACACUCCCGGGACCUCCACACCUUAAAUGAAACCUGUGCUUUCCCGACAGCACAUCCACCCUCCUAAUACUCAGUAGAGAUGGGUCCUUGCCCUGUUCUGAUGGCGCCUGGAAGGAUGAAGGGACUAGCAUGUAUUGAGCAACCACUAUGUGCCAGACGCUUCAUGGAGCAAGGCAUUCCAUCAUGUUUAAUCUCAUUUAACCUUCCAAACAACCUUUCAAAGUAAACAGUGUUGUUUUGCAUUUUACAAAGGAGGAAACGGGUUCAAGAUUACGUGACUUGCCGAGGACACACACAAUGGCAGAGCUUUAAUUGGACUCUAAAUCUUGAUCGACCUCACGGCAUUUGUUUUUUUCACUGUGCCAUGAGGGAGAAAAGCUUCUUUUAUUCUUGAGAUGUAUUCCUGUUUGAGUGUGCUAAAAUGCAUCUGGAAGUGGGAAUGGAUUGGUUUCACUGCAACCAGUGCUUCCGAAAAGAUGGAGCCCAUUUCUUUGUCACCAGCUGUGGCCAUAUUUUCUGUAAAAAGUGUGUGACUCUGGAAAAAUGUGCUGUUUGCGGAACUGCCUGCAAACAUCUGGCUCUUUCUGAUAAUCUGAAACCUCAAGAGAAGAUGUUUUUCAAAAGUCCUGUGGAGACAGCUUUGCAGUAUUUUAGUCACAUCUCUCAGGUGUGGAGUUUCCAGAAGAAACAAACAGAUCUCCUCCUCGCCUUUUAUAAGCAUAGAAUUACAAAGUUAGAAACAGCCAUGCAGGACGCACAACAAAUGCUGGUCAGCCAGGACAAAGAAUUGUCAGUUUUAAGGAAGGAGAAUGGAGAACUGAAGAAACUUCUAGCCAUUCUAAAGGAAUCUCCGAGUUGGUACCAAGGAAGCAGGUCAACCACACCUCGACCAGUGGGCAUUACUUCCCCAUCACAGUCAGUUACCCCACGACCCAGUUCCCAGCAUAGCAGUCAAGUGGUCAGUCGAUCCUCCUCAGCGGAAUCUAUUCCUUAUAAAGAGGCUGGCUUUGGUAGCUUCGGACAAGGAAGCAGAGGUCUGCAGGAAAGGAGAACUCCAAGAAACCCUUAUAAUGAAACCCCGUCACCAGCUUCAACUCACAGCUUAUGUUACAGACCUUCAUCUGCCUCCUCUGGACAGGCGAUUUUUUCUUUCAGACCAUCCCCAAAUGGGCAUUCAGGCCACACAAGAGUCCUUACCCCCAACAAUUCUGACUCCCUACCAACAACAGAGGCAGAUGGGAUUACCCAGUGGGAGAGGAGCAUGGAGCACUUCCAGAUAGAUCAUCUUCAAGGUUCAUCUAGGACACAGCUGAAAACUACCAUUUCGAAACUGUGGCCCACCCAGAACACCACCAAAUCCAAGCUGGAGAAUACUUUAUGAUGGCAAUGCUUGAUAUCUACUUAACCUCAUUUGUGUCCUAUUAUAUAAAGACAUGAAAACAGUUUAGAGAUAAAAUAAAGCAGAAGGAACAAAGCAGUCCAGUGUGAGGAUGAAUACUGCAGAUGGGAAUAUAAGUAUAAGGCAGACACAUUUAUAAGCAUUAAAAGCUGUAAGGAAGUAUUUUGCUUUCAUUUAUGUGUCUUGAUGUCCUUCAUAUUCUCGGCAUCGGCUUGAUAUUUCAGUGUAAUAUACAGCACUGCAAAUAACAUCUUUGGUGUACUAUACACGUCGUUUUCACUUACACAAAACAUGAUAUGGAACACUUCCUGAAACAGAAUAGUGACUUAAAUCAAGGCCCACAGCUGAAUAGCUGGUACUUCCCUGGAAGAAUCUGGCUUUGAACUAGGAGAAAACUACAACCAGGGUGGCUCAUGAGAAUUAUAAGAAGUAGGGUAGAACCCAUAGUAAUCAAAAUCACAAUAAAGACACUACAGUAUCUUGUGUUCUUUUGUGUCCAUUUUGGAUUAGGUA